AUGAGCACUCUUCUCAAACCCUUACCGGCGCCCAAACAGAUUCGCUUUGUCAACAAUCAGGGACAGCCGCCAUCGAAGCGCCGACGCGUUAAUGCAGCAUGCCUGACGUGCCGUAAGCGCAAGACGCGCUGCGCCGGAGAGCGCCCGACUUGUUCAACCUGUGCGAGCAACGGUCAUGAAUGCCUCGGCUAUACAGACUUCGCCGAGAAAAAAAAGGAAAUAGUCGGCGCCGCCAGGACCGGUUCCUUUGAAGCCGGAACCCGAGAGCGAGGCUCAGCAACAGACGCCAAAAGUGAAGUUGAUGACGACGAUAACGACUAUGACGAUGGGAACGAUUCAGCCGAGCCGAACAAUGACCGACAAGGUGCCGCACCGAGUUUCAUCUCUGCUAGCGACAGCAAUCCCAUGCGUGAUGGUGGCGGCGAUGACGAGGCCGUCAGCGAUGGUGGCGCAAACUACAACCAGGCUAGUCCGAAGCGGCGACGGAAAUCCUCGGGCAAAUCUUCGCGGUCGGAUCCUAGCCAGCGCGUCGAAUGGGAGUCCACUGUGCAGCAGUCGUCCCAAUCACAGCAAUCGCAGCAGACGCAGGCAGCACAUUCACAACAGCGACGUGAUGCACAGACACAUGCCAGUAGUCAGCGGUCACAGCCGAAUCCACGCCACCGAGUCCCCUAUUUUCGCUACUUUGGCCCGACUGCUAUUGUACCUGGUUACAAGCAGAUGGUUGUCGACGUGUCCGUUCGCGACCGCCGCCGUAGUCGUGGCAGCAGCUUUUCAACAGUCUCUCCGAGCACUACUUUAACGGACGGCGCAAGUAGCCACCGUGGCCAGCACGGACAGAACCGCCAAUCACGCUUUGAUCCCGUGUUCGAAAGCCUCGAAGACUUACCUGUCUAUGACCGCAAUGACACUGCUCCCGUCCAUCCGGUCAUUAUCAACCUCCUCAAGACCUUCUUCGUUCAUCUCGGGUGCAACUACCCCUUUUUACGCGAGGAUCGAGUUUUGAAGAUGGUACGUGAGAAACGCGUGGAGGCCAUCCUUGUUGAUGCCAUGUGUGCUCUUGCCGCACGCUUUUCUGACCUUCCUGUGUUUACAAACGGCGUUAAUACGGACAGUGGUGGCGCCAGCAACAGUAACAGUGCUGGGCAAACCACCGCUGAUGGCCAAAUGGCCCGCUCAGAAUAUGGCCACGUAUUUGCACAGCGCGCCAAGGCGGCCACCGUCGAUACCUUCCCUUGCCCCUCUGUGGCAGCUGUCCAAGCCUGCCUCCUUAUGGCCUACGAAGGCUUCGGUGCUGACCAGGAUAGUGCGCUAUGGAUGUAUCUGGGACUCGCUAUCCGCAUGGCGGUGGAUUUGGGCCUUCAGAAGAAGGUGGGCGUUACUCCACAGGGUGAAAAGGAUCCUUGGUUUAUGCGUACCUGGAACGGCAAAGGCGGCGACAACGACGAUGGCGAGGACAGCGACAACGUUGAACCGACGUACAAUAUUGACUCUGGAAGGAAACCGGCCCACAACAGCAGCGAUGCCAUGCACGACGGCGAAAGCGUGUACGCUUCUGCAGAGCUACGUGCAGCAGAGCAAGAGCGUGCCGAUACAUUUUGGGCUGUUUUCUUCUUGGACCGCGUCAUCUCGUCAGGUACGGGACGUCCCGUCACAUUUCGAGACGACGAUUUUGAGCUCGCACUGCCUGAGCCCACGUUAGAUCCACUUACCGAUUGGCCCGCACCGUUCCCCAUUCUGGCACAAAUUAUCCAUCUAUAUGGUCGCGUGUCCGACGUUUUGAACAAUAUCCACAGUGCCAACGAUCUCACACACGAAAAGAUGCAGCGGCUCGGCCAUAUGGAAAACGACCUGACGCAAUUGUACCAGAGACAAGACCCGCGGCUCAACUUCAACGCGUCCAACUUCCAGGCGUAUGUGCGCGCCGGACAGGGCACAACGUUUAUCUUGCUCCAUUUUUGGUUCCACACUCUCAUUAUCAUUCUGCAUCAGCCUACCCUCUUGGCCCCAUUUGGAGGCCUUCAGCGCACACACCAGCUCUUGCCGAAUAGCCACGAGCUCUCCAUGUCCAGCGCCAAAACUAUAGCCGAUAUCCUCGCGUUUGCAGAGCUCAUCGACCCGAAGAGCUUCAUAGGAAAUCCCUUUACGUCACAACCAAUGUACAUUGCCGCUUGUGCCUUUUUGAUGGAAUCCGUUGCGAAUGCCUCCCAACCGGCAUCUCGGGGCACCACACCACCGGCUGCGGAUGCUCAAGCUCGAGGCGCUGGAUACUCUAGUGGCGACACUCGGACUGGAAUCUCGUCAAAGCACUCGCUUCUUGCAUCGAAUGCGAACCAGAAUUACCAACGUUGCUACAAAUCACUACAACAACUGCGCCUUUAUUGGGGCGGCGUACGGUAUAUUUUGACGGCACUGGAUCAGAAGUCCAAGGGCAUUUGGGAUUGCGAGACAUUCACUACUGAAGAGCUUGAGAGCACAAAACAUCCCGUUCGCCGUGGCUCCUUUAGCCAGAUGCCGCGCUUCGACAAUCCCUCCUCGCCAAAUGCACCACCCAUAGCUUGGUCAUUGACAGGAACAUCGAACUCUGCAAAUCCUAGCUUGACCUUGCUAUUUCAGAGCCACACAAAUGCUGCUGGACCUGGCGCUUCGAGCUCCAAGGCCCAGGACACGACACCACGGCCGAAAGAAAAUCAAAAGCAACGCAAACAAGCAAUUCAACAAGCCCAGCAGAGUCAACAAGCCAGACAGUCGAGUAGUCAAAAGCGUUACCAUUCGCCUCAGCUUGCUUCCGCUGCCACUCCACCGGGAAACAUGAUUUACGAUCCGAUCCGACAGAGUAUUCCUGAGGCCCCGCCUAUGUAUGCCCCAGCCUACCCGCAAACCAACAUUUCGGCUCUACGGUACUCGACGGACCAGUCUGCGCAACAACAAACGCAGCAAUUCCAGCAGCAAAGCUCCACACAUCCUGUACCCCCAACAUUCACCGAUAGUCAACUGGCGGAACAAGGCCAUGAUCGCAGCACGUUCAAGUUUGAUGAUCUGGACUCACCCAGCCCAGGGUCGGGGCAAAAUGGACCGCAUGGACUGUAUACUGCUGCCAGCAAUAUGGUGUAUUCUGGGCAGCAUCAAGCACAGUUCCAGGUACCGCAACAACUGCAACCGGGUCAGCAGCAAUUCAACCACCAGCAACAGCAGCAUGGCCAGGACCAGCAUAUACACCAACAAGACUUCUUACACCAAGCAUCGCAUCAAUCACAGCAGCCUCUGCCUGCCCCUGUGCAAUCGUACAACACGCCCUCGUCACACCAUUCGUCUGGUUAUGAGGGCGCCAUCCUGCAAGGCACGUCCCCGUCCAACAACGGACUCGCACACUUUGACCAGGCGAAUGCGAGCGCGAGCGGGAACAGUCCUCGCACGACGACCGCUCUUGGUCCCCUUGACGGCAGCGGGAUGUACCAACCUGACCUCAGCCAAGGCGGCCUCAUGGGCGGUGGCCUGUACUCGUACCUCGAGGCGGGGCCUAUUACCGACAUCAUCACGUUUGACAGCCAGGAAAUCGACAUUAGCUCCCUAACACUGCCGACGGAGUUGAUGCCCCAGUGGCUUGAGUACCUCCCAAGCAAUGUGCUAAAUCUCUUUGAUGACGGUACAAACAGGAGCAGCCAAUAA